AUGGAAAUUGUUGAAGUUCUCAAUAAAAUGAACAAAGACUACCUUAGAUCAGAUUUCGACAAAAAGUUUAUGCUAAGGUCACUAUUUGUGCAAGUUUUGGCAGGAGAUAGUAUUAAUUUGUGGGAAGAUUUAUACUCUUUUGUGACUACAAACUUGGAUUUUGUACGAUCAGUAAAAGAUGAGGCUGAGUUCAGGUAUUUUGCCAAUCGAUCUAUGAAGGAUCUUCAAAUUUCACUUGAUAACCAAUCAGGAGAUAGAUCGUCAAGCUCAACAUUACGUUUAAGAACUAUUUUUGCUGAACUUUCUGAAAUGUUUUCGUACGUGUUAACUACAUGCUCCACAGGAUCAAACAUGGUGCACGAUAGUGAAUCUGUCACUAUUCCACUUUUACCUUCAUGUUACUGCGGUGUCAGUAAUUUUCAAGACGGGAAAUCAAUUUCUGUCGAUAGUAGUAAAACAAAGAGUAAUCAAAGUUCAUUAUUUUGUUUGUUGGGACAGGAAGAUCAUUCAUUGGAAAAUCUUUUACAAAAAAUUCCAUUCGGUAACUCGAAAUACAGAGCAUUUAAUGAAUACAUAAAGAAUUUAUCAAGUAAUAAAUCCGAAACACCUUCAAAAGAAAUUGAGAAUAUGCGCCCAAAUAAUGGUUUUGAUGCAAUCGUCUACUUUUCAGUCUGCAGAAAAAUAGGAGUUUAUGAGUUUAUGUACUUCACUAGAAAAAAACUCGAGAGCAGAAAUAUAUCACCAUAUGAUCUAGAACCUAUUUUAAGACCAAGGAAUGAUGAACCACAUUAUAUAUUCAGUACAUUCGGUAUACUGGUCGCGACUGGAACUGAACAGGAGCAUUUAAGUCUCACAGAAUGGUUUUCAGAAGCAGUUUUAUGCGAAGCUUUAAAGAAAAAUCCCACAUUUUGCUACCUUUCAGCUUGGAAACCCUUUUUCACCUGGCGUCAAAUUACGAGAAGAAGAAAAUUUAAACGAACACGUAAUAUUUUAUUAAAUAGCUGUCUGCUUGCAAAUCCUUUAUAUGUUCGAUUAUUCCAGGUAGUUCAAAAACUCUUUGAUUCCUUGGAUACUUUGAAAUUCUUUCCGAAUAGCACGUGUCCAUUGAAUAUGGUACAAUUUUGUGCUCACAUUAACCGAAAUAUACGUUACAAUACUAUUUUAAUAUCACAUGUAACAAACUGUAUAUGUAUUGCGUUAAAAUUUGCAAGAUAUGCUCUUGCUAAACUAAUACGUUAUAAAGAAGAUGAAUUAAAUUGGAACUCUAAAGAAAUCAAUCAAACUAUACCAAUGACUGAAACAUGGAAAAAAAGUUUAGUAAUAAAGAAUGAUUUAGAACAAUUACGUAACCAAUUGGAUAAUUUUCCAAAUGUAUUACAUUGUAUCCGUUAUCGACUGGCAAGUUCUCUUUUAUAUAAAUUUCAAUCAAGUAUACAAAACUAUAUUUAUAAUGAAUUAAAUUUGAACUGUAUAGAACAGAAAGAUAAACAAAGAGAGAAUAUUAAAGAAGAUAUAAUUGUGAAAAAUUUUCGUUUAGUUAUUUAUCCUGUUUUAUUAAAACAAUCUGAGGAACCAAGUCAAUUACUUCUUUGGCCACCAUCUGUCACUAUGGUAACUAUUUUCAAUUUGACAUUUGAACAAUUCAAAGAAUCAUUACAUUUAAACAAAAUAAUAUUAGAAAAUCAACUUAAUCAAAUCUAUUUCAAUGAAGAGAAAGAAAUUGAUAAUAUUUGUGAAAUCAUUGAUAAUCAAGUUGAUAUUCAUUCUAUUAUUCAAAUGUUUUAUAAAAAUUCUAAUUUAAUGAACAUAAAUUAUUUAAAACAUACAACUAUGAUUCCAUGGAAUAGAAUGAAUCCAAAUGGUUUAGAAGUAACCAAUGUGUCUAUUCGUGGUAUGAUUAAUUGUUAUCUACCAAGUUAUACAGAAUUUGUGAAAGGCCUUAUACCUGAACAUCAGUUUCACUAUAAUCAGUCGAUAUUAUCUGGUAUGGAUCUGGAUCAAUCCCAUCUUAAUAUUAGUGGUCAUAAUUACUUCCCUACCAUUGAAAAUGCAUCUCAAAUGGGAUUACAUUCUCUUAUUGAGCAACAAUGUGAAGCGAUGAAACUUUAUGACUGUUUAAUGACUUCAUGGAGUGACAGAAUACAUGAAAAGACGAAUGAUAUAAUUCUAUCUUUACAAUGGAUUAUCAAUAUGGAUGAAACAAUAAAUGAGUUAAGUAUACUAUUAAGGAAUGAAGAUUUACAUACAGAAUUUCAUAAACAUCAACGCUUAUUUCAAGCAUCAUUUGAAUGGGUCAAUCGUUUAAUAAAUCACGUUAAAUAUGAAAGUCUUUUAAAUGACAAUAAUGAUAAUAAUAAUUUACAAUGCUUCAUUUUAAUUGACUAUAAUCCAUUAUUUAAUUUAUUAUAUAAUGAAAUUACAGAGAAAUUAAGUAAAUUAUUUACAAUAUUUAUAACAAUAGUUCAAAAUUCAUUAAUAUCAAUCAAUAAACAAUUGGAUGAUUUUAUUCAAAUACAUACAAAUAUUCAAUCUGAUUUUAAUGGAUUCAUACAAGUUGUUACCUAUUUAAAUCGUGUACAUAAUUGUCAUGUGAAAUUAUUUAAAGACCAUGAUAAUCUAUGUCGUCAAGUUGAAUUUAUACAACAUUUUCAAAAAUGUUUAAACCAUUGUGAAGAAUUAAAAUUCAUUCAACUUGUUAAAUGGUCACAAUAUGAACAGUUUAUAAUUAAAUGGAAAAAGUUUACAAAUCAAAUUGAAUGGGCUAGAAAAAAAUUUCAAAGAUAUCAAGAAGAAUUCUAUCAAGUUUAUGAUAAAAAAGUUGAGGAAACUAUAAAAGAAGUUGACCGUUUAGUUCAUUUACUUACAACUGGCAAAUAUUCUGAUGUUAAUAAUGAUGCACAAAUGAUACUAAACGACAUGAAGGAACCAUAUUGUUAUGUCAUAAAAUUAGAAAGUUCUAUUCAUCAACUUUUAGAUCAACAUAAAACUGUUCAAAAUUGUGAAUAUAAUGAGAAACAAUUUGAAAAAGCUAAAAUUGAUAAAAUGAAUCUAUCCUAUUCAUCGAAUAGAUCAUUGAUGAAUACAACGAUUACAUUGGAUAAUACACUUUAUAUUACAGAUAAUUGUCAAGUUAAUUUUAAACAUAUAAAACAAUCAUGUAAAUAUUUUAAUGAAACAAAUAAUAUAUUAUUAUAUAUUGAUCAUGAAAUGAAAAAAGUCAAUUGUAGAUAUGACGCAUGGCAACUAAAUUUGAAAAUUGAUACAUUUAAACAAGAGUUAUAUAAAUCAAGAUUAGGAGAAAUAACUUUAAAUAUGUUCAAUGAAAAAUAUCAAAAACUUAUUUCAUUAUGUAAUCAAUUAAGAAAUGAUGAUGUAAUUGUUCAAUAUGAUACGAAAUGUUUGAAUAAGAUGGAAAAAUUAUUGAAACUCUUAAGUUAUAUUUUGGAUACAGAAUUAUUGUCUUUCUCAUCAGAAUACUGGAAUCAUUGUUCAAAACUAUUAAAUAUAUCAAUCAAUAUCAAUUGGAAAAAUUGUACAAUCAAUGAUUUAAUGAAUAAUCCCAAGACUAAUUUAUUAAAACAAGAAUAUCAAUUAAAAGAAAUCAAUAAUAUAUUUCAAUAUUUAUUAUCGAUUUAUCAAAUUAAAACAACAAUUGAAAAUCAAUUCAAAUCAUUAACUAUUCAAUUUAUAUCAAUGAAAUCACAUUCAGAAUUGAUUAAAUCUAUUCAUUUAUCAUUUCGUAAUGAAUAUAUUGAUCAAAUGAAUCAGGAUCUCUCUGGAAGGUAUUCAUCCAGAAGUAACCGUUGUACAACAGAAAUUCCCUAUCCAUGGAUAUUCUUGAAUAUUGACAAUUUAAUUGAAAACUUAUGUGAAUUAUCAAAUAAACUUCAAAGUUUACUAGAUUCUGAACUUUUGAAUAGAAUAAAACAAAAUGAAACAACAAAUGAGUAUCUACUUGAAAAUGAUUACUAUUUAAUGAAGAAAUUAAAUCAAACGAAGAAUACAUUAUGUAAUAUGAAGUUAAUACAAGAUUAUUGGUUAUAUUUAUAUCGAUUAUAUUCAUUAAAACAAAGUAAUGAAGAAUGUAACUCAAAUCAAUUCAUUAUAUUAACUGAUAAUUAUGUAAAUUUGGAAAAUGAUAUACUACUAAAUAAUGAUCGAGUAAUAUCUGUUCAAUCUAUCGAAUAUGAAGAUAAUGAAUUAAUUCAAAUAAAUUGUAUAAAUUUACAAUGUUUUAUUGAAAUUGUUCAUAGUAAAUGGGAUUUAUGGUUAAUAUUAAAGAAUGAUCUUUAUGAACAUGUUAGUAUGUUUGAGAAAUCAAUCGAUGAAAUGUGUGAGACAUUUCCAUUAUUUUGUUUAUUAUCCAAAAUGGAAAGAAUUGAACUCCUAAGUAAUUGGGCCAUUCCAUAUUGUGAUUAUACAGCUCCAUUGAAAUGUUCUGUUGAGGACUUUAUUGAUCAAAAACAAAAUCGUUAUCAGUCUUCUUUAGAUACUAAUUGUGGAUUAGUCAAUCUGAAUAAAUGGAUAAAACGUUUAUUUCCAUAUCUGUUAGAUUGUGUAAUGAUAUGGUGUAAAGCAGAGAAAUGUUGGAAGAUUACUGGAGUCAUUAAUGAAUUCCAUCAACAUAUUGAACUAUUAGAUUCACUUAAAUGGAUUCCAUCAAUUAAUCAAUGGUUUACACAAUUUUAUUCAACAUUACAAUUAACAUUCUUAAGAAUGACAUUGAAUUCCUUGUUAAAUGUCGAAGGAAACAACAAAUGGAUAAAUGAGUCCAUCAGAAAGAAACAAUUAAUACCUGUCAUUAUUUUAGAAUUAACUAUACGAAUUAUGAAUUGGCAAAAAUUAGAGAAAAUUAUAAUAAAAGAAGAUCGAAAAGAUGAAUUCGUUAAAAUAAUAGAAUACUUCGAAGAACAAUUAAAUAGUGUUAUUGAACCAUUGAAAACUAUUCCAUUUAUUUAUGAUAAUCAAUUCAGUUCAAGAAUCGAUCAGUUAACAUGCCAAAUGUUGAUUGGAACAAUUUUGGGAUUUAUUUAUUUAAUACAAGACUUGAGAAAAGAGUCAAAUUUAGACGAGAAUAAUUUUAUCUGGCAACGGUUAAUUAAAACACAACUUAUCAGUUCAAUAUUAAAUCCUGAAAGGAAUGAGUACUUUUCGAAUGAAUUAAAUGAGUACAAUGAUAUUCCAACAAUUGGGAUCAAACAAUUUUCAACAAUUCAUCCUUAUAAAUGGGAUAAUCAAAGUUUACUAAUCAAUAAUAACACAUUAUAUAUACCGUUAUUAAAUACUUCACAAGAAUUAAUUCAACUUGGAUCAGCGUUGAAUAAUCAUGAGUUUGGACUAUUAAUUGGAUCAUUUGGAAGUGGUAAACAGACAAUAAUUCGUCAACUUGCUUUUUUACUUGGUCGUCGUCUUAUAGAAUUUUCAUCUAGCAUCUUCAAUGAUACAUUUGAGAACACAUUAAAAAAUGAUAUUCUUAGUUGCAUACGAAUUGGCUGUUUAUUUUCAAUAAUGAAUAUGCAUAACUUAAAAUGUGGAGAAUUGGAAAUCGUGAUAAACUGUUUGAAUGAAGUUCGGAAAUGUAAUUUUAUGAGCAACGGUCGGAUCCAAUUUGCAGAUUUUACAAAGAAUCUUCAACAAUCUAUUGAGAACAUUGAUAAAAAUAGUCACAAGUUAAUCAUUUAUCAUUCUAAUCAAUAUAUUUCUGAACCGAAACAAUGUUUAUUUAAUCAAAGUAUUAGAAUCGAUUGCAGUUUUGGAUUAUUCGGUACAUAUGAUUCUCGAAAUUUUCAAAAUCUGCCAAAAGUACAAAAACUUUCAUUUCGUAAUAUAACCAUUGAAUGGCCAAAUUAUUCAUUUAUUAUACAAUGUCUUUUCAAAUAUUAUUUACCUGAAUAUCAAAGUUCAUCAAUAAAGUAUCGACUAGUCAGUUUGUUGAAUAGAUCUUUAACAUAUUUUACAAAUGAAUCAGUUCUUCAUCAUAAACAAACAAAUACCUACUAUUUGUCACUUUCAACUAUUAUCAAAACAUUUGAAUAUGCUAAACAAUUUUGGUUAGAAAAAUUUAAUCAUCUUCAAGAUAUACGUAAACAUACUGCACUCAAAUCAUUAGUAAUAUUGAGAAAGGAAGAAGAUAGAUUAGCUGAAAUUGCAAUACGAUAUGGAUUAUUUAAAGCUUAUAGAAUAAAUUUAUCUAUGGAUUGUAUUAAAGAUAAUUUCAAGAAAGUUGUAUUACAAUCCAGCUUAGAUUUUGAUUGGUCAUCAACCAUUGAGCAAUAUUUAUCUUUAAAUUCUGCAUUACCUUUCAUGUCUAGUAAUGAAGAAUGUUUAAAAUGUGAUAAUCAUCUGUAUCCAAAAGUUUCAUGGGAAUUUAUUUAUCGAUUGUUAAGAGAAAUGUAUGUACGUAAUUUAGAAAUAGUUAAUGGUCAGUUAAUAAAGAUAAUUGAAUUAUGGCAACUAAUAAAUGUAAAUCGUCCAAUUUUAAUUAUUGGCUCAGUUGGAUCAGGUAAAAGUACCAUUUUUAAAAUACUUAUUUCUACAAUCAAUUGGUAUCAUUGUACAAAGAGUAAACAAUUGAAUAAGUAUUUAUCAUCAUUAUCCGAGCCAACAUUAUUAUCAACAUACAAAUCAUCAUCAUCAUCGGGAUCGGUAUCAUCUGAAUUGUCAUCAUCAACACCAACAUCAUCAUUAUCAAAACAAUUAAAUUCAUCUUCAGUUUCAAAUGAGGAAAACAGUAACAAUCAAGAAAUAAAUAAUGAUGUUGAUAUGAAGAUAUUCAAUAUACCAGAUCAAUUGAAUUCAUAUCUUAAUAAGUUUAAUCUUAUUUCAACAAUACAUUCCAAUAUAAAACAUUUUGAUGUAUAUAAUAAAAUAAUUUCAUUAAAACACUUAUUUCCAUAUUCAAAUGAACAUUUAACAAGUUUGUUUUUAAAUGAUGAUAAUAAUGAUUCUAAAUUAAGAGUGGAUAUAUCAAAUAUGUUUGAAGAAUGGGUAUUGUUAGAUUUAAGUGACCAGUCUAUUGAACAUUUGACAUUUUUAAAUAAUGGUAACAUUUUGAAUUUAUUGAAAGCGGUUAAAACUUUUAAAUUCACAAGAAAAUUAUUCAUAGAAAAGACAACAAUAGAUGAUUUAUCUCCAGGUUUAAUUCAUCAAUUUUCAAUAUUGUCAACUGAAGUUAAUAAUGAAUUGAAUUGGUCACAUAUAUGGAGAAUUUGGCGUAAAACAAGUUAUUUAUCAUAUAUGGUUAUAAAUUAUAUAUGGGACAAAAUUCUUAAUGAACUAGAUAAUCAUAUCCCAACAAUAUUAGAUCAAAUUUGGGAGUUAAUGAAUCAAUGGUGUCACAAUGAAAAAGGCUUUUUAAAUAUAACAUCUUAUAAGAAUGCAUUUUGUCAACAAAGUAUUAAAAACUCUUUAGCUUUGAUGUCUGAACUAUUGAACAAAUACUUUCCAAGAGAAUUAUGGGAAUUACGUAAAGAUGGCAUAAAACCAUCAUCUGUUUAUCAAUCAAAUCUUACAUUAAUUGAUUAUUAUUGGUCCGAAUGGCGAAACAUUGAAGACCAACCAGUAUUUUAUGAAAUCUUGAUAAGAAAUUUAUUUUUAUUCUCAUUUAUUUGGGGUAUUGGUGGUGGAUUAGCUGGUGAUCCAAGAUUAAAAUCACGAUUUGAAACAAUCAUGUUAAGAAUAUUAAAGGAUUUUAUUAGAUUGUCUAAUUCAUUGAAUAUUCAUUCCAUAGACAAUUCAUCAUUCACAUUAUCUAUUGAAUCCUAUUAUACAAAUCAAAUGAAUUAUUGUACAAGUAUGAAAUGGAAUAAUGAUAAUGUUCAUCAUGAAAAUGAAUAUGAAAAUAUCAAAGAAUUUCAAUAUAGUUUAUUUAAUUGUCUUAUUGAUUUAAGAACUGGUUAUUUAACACCAUUUUGGUAUACAGAUUAUUUACAAUUACAUUGGCCAGAAGAAUAUGAUAUCAUACAUCCAAAUGGAAAUACUUAUCAUAGUAAACCAUUAUUAUCAACAUUAUUUCAUCUUACAGUUCAUUUAUUUACUGGUUCAUUAUUCAUACAAUCUGGUCGACCAGUAAUAAUUUCCGGUCCAUUUGGUUCAGGUAAAUCACAACUUGCAAUUGCUAUAAGUCAAAAUUCAGAACGAUCUAAACAAUUAAUUAGUUCAUAUAAUAAUAAUAAUAAAACGGGGAAAAAGUGUACAAGUUCAUUUCGAAUACAAUCAAAUGAUUUUCUACAUAGAAUCAUUUCUAAUUCACAAAAAACUAAUAAUCAAUAUCCAAAACAAAUAUUUGAUAAAAAAAUCAAUUUAAUGCAUAAUGUUAUCAUUUUAGAAGAUGUACAUCUGAUUUCCAAAACAGCGACAACACAAAGAAUAUGGAAUCAAGAAUUACGUAAUCAAUUAACUACUUGUAAUCUUAAUCAUAAUAAUUACUCUAAAGCAAAAUAUAAUUUUAUCCCAAUCUUAACAUCUUUGGAUCAUGAUCAUCAACUACAUUUCUCAACAAAAUUAAAUAGUUUAAUGUAUCAAUUCGCAUAUAUCAGUUUAACAGACCCUUGUUUAUUAUUUGUAAAAGAGAUGAAUAUCGAUGGAUUUCUCUAUGAACAAAAUAUUUAUGGUUUUAGUCCAAUAAGUUUACUUUGUCAAUCAAUGAUGUGUCAUUCAUUGUCAAGAAUAAGUGGAAUGUUAGUUGAGAGAUUCAGUUGGAUAAUAUGGUACAUGCAUUGUGCUUUAAUGAAAGAACGUUGUACUUAUAAUAAUACAAAAGUAGAUUGGUUAAUCAUGCAUAAGAUUGCACAUUCUAUAGGAUACCAUUUAAAAAACUAUUAUCCAUGCAAAUCAACUGAUGAAAUCCCAUUGAAUAGUUCAAUUGUAUCAGAUAAUAUAAAUAGACAUAUUUAUUCAAGAUGGACACCUUUAUUGAUAAGUGAAUCGAUUCAUCUCAAUUCAAAAAAUCAACUCAGUAACAUUUUGCAAUCAGUGUUGUUUUUAUGUCAAGAGAUCAAACGAUAUUUUGGUCCAUUAUUACCUAAAGAUUUAUGUUCAGAAUGGUUAUUUAAUAAUUUAUCAAGAUCCAUUGAUUAUUAUUUAAUGAAACCAUCUUCAUUAGGUCUUUUAGUUCCAAUUUCAUACCUUCUAUUUGGACCAGCUGGAAGUCUUUUCCUUGAUUCAAAAAUCACCAGACAGUCUAUUUUACAUUUAAGCAAACAUUCUUUGACAAAACUGACAAAUACAUCCUCAUCUGUUGUAUCUCAACGUGUUUGUAAUGAAAGUGGAUUUUCGGUCAAUUCAACUUCCUCUCCUUCUGUAUCUUGUUCAACACUAACAACAUCUCUCAGUUAUUCUUCAUGUUAUUCUAACUCAAUUACCUCUUCGUCUAUACCAACCACAUCUAUAACCGAUAGUUCUUUUUCGACACAAUUAUUCAACACUUUUUCAACAUCUACUCAAUAUAAUUCGAACAAUUAUACUUCAUCCAAUUUUUCCACUACUACAGUAUUUACUUCUUCAUCUGAUUCAUUAGUAUAUGGAUCUUCUUUAACGUCUAUGCCUAUUCUAUCUUCUUCCAUGCUCUCUUUACCGAACUCACGUAUUGAUACAGUCAUGACUACUACUACUACUACUACUACUACUACUACUACUACUACUACGUCUCUAGUGAAUUCAUUUUUUACUCCACCUACCAUCUCAACAUCAACAUUUCCAACCACUUUAUUAACAAAUGAACUUUCUAAUAUGUCACUCCAGGAGGCUGAACAAGAAAAAAAAGAAGAAGAGAAACAGAUUAUUUCAACUGAAUCAAUAUCUAUUAAUGAUAAUGAUAUAAAUUAUGAAUUUAGUACACAAAUCGAGCAGUUAUGUUCGAAGUUGAAUGAUGAAACAGAAACUAGUUUAUCAAAUUAUAAAAGACCGAUCUAUUCACCAUUCUAUGAAAAAUAUGAUGAAAAGUGUAAUAAAAGUCAUCGAAGUUGGGCAAAGUAUGGUUUAUUAAAUCCUCAUCUUAUACCAUGUAUCAGUUUGCCAGGAUGUUUGGAUCAGACCAAUGAUUUAGAAGCUAUAUUUGUUAAUUUAAAAAAUGACUUAUCUAUAUGUGAUAUAGAAAUCAACAGUUAUGAUUCAAUAUUACAAUAUAUGAUUAGAAAUGCAAUAGAUUUAAUUUACAGUUCAUUAACUCAUAAUCCUUGUUAUAUAUUACUGAAUAAUUCUACUAAUUGUAAAACAUAUGGAGUCAAUUUUCAUAUACAAAAACAAAUUAUCAAAUGUAUUAUGAAAUUAAAAAAUUAUCAUAAAAUUUAUUAUACAAAAUGUUUAAUAGAAUUUUUAAUAAAAUUGAAUCAAAAUUCUAAUGAAAAAUUUUGGGAUCAUUAUAAACAAUAUGAAAUGAUUAUUAUUGAUUUAUCAAAUCAAAAUGUAAACCAGACCUUCUAUGAUGCUGAUGAUCAUCAUCAUCAUUAUAAUAACAAUAUUGAUGAGAUUAAUGAUGGUGACAAUGAUGAUGAUGUAAAUGUGUUACUUUUAUUGAUACAAAGAUUACAGGAACUACGUUUUGAUUUACCAUGGAAUGAAAUGAAUUAUGAUAAGCUGAAAGGAAUUUUUGUUAUUGCUUCAAAGGAUGAUAUAAUAUAUAAUCAACUCAUACAAUAUAUAUCAUGGGAUUGUGUUAUCAAUUUCAAUGAAAUAACAAAUGAUUUACAACAUAUGAAUAUAGAAUUUAAAAGUAUUACUAAUCAUAUAGAUUUUGAUCCAAAAUCUAUAUUGAAACGUUUCUUAUAUAAUUAUGAUUUCUUAUUAAACAAUAAUAAUGAUAAGAAUCAUUUCAUUUUAUAUGAAUUAUUCAUUGAAGCUUAUUUAUUAACUUAUCAUUAUUUAAAUGAAAAUAUCAAUGAUAUUCAUAGACGACAAACAUUAUUCAAUAAUCAAUAUUCAUUCAAUUAUAUUAUACAAACAAUCAAUGUUUGGUAUUAUCUUCAAUAUAAUCGUAAUGAACAAUAUAAUAAUCAAUUAUUAUUAUUAUUAUAUAAUCAAUUCAAUGAUACUAAUUUACUUUAUAAUUCAAUGAAAAAUAAUUAUGAUUUAUUAGAGAAUCAAAUCAUUCAAGCUAAUUCUAUAUUAGAAUUAAUGAGAAAAGAUUUAUCUAAUUAUCAAGAGAUAUAUUUACCUGAAGCUAAAUUAAAUUAUACAAAUACAAAUGAACAUUUACAAUAUUUAGAAAAUGAAAUUUUACAUAAAGAAAAUGAAUUAAUGAAUAUGAAGAAACCAAUGGAUCAUGUGAAGAAAUUAGCUGAAAAUGAAUUUCAUAAAUUAGAGAAUGCUUAUCGUUUAGCUGUUCAAGGAUUACAUAAUUUAUCCAUUGAAGAUUUAGAUGAAAUACGAUCAUAUCGUGAACCACCAGAUGAUGUGAAAAAUUGUGUCUAUUUAAUUUGUAUGCUUAUGGAUGAAGAGGAAAAUUGGGAAAAUGCAAAACAUAUGAUGGUCCCAGUCAAAUUUAUUAGUAAAAUCUUAAAACUUUCCAUUCAAUCAAUUAAUAAACAUAAACAUAAUGAAUUAAGAAAACGUUUAAAUAAUUCAAGCAUAUUAACAUUUGAAAAUUUAUUACAGGUAAGUGUUGCUGCUGCCCGAUUAUGUCAAUGGUUAAGAGCAUUAUGUGAUUGCUGUGAUGCUGGAGAACGUUUACAAAAUCACAUUGAUGAUUAUUCUUCAAUUGAAGCACAAGUUAGACGAAAUGAAUCAGCAUUAGGCAAUUUACAUUUAUCAUUACAACUAACAAAAAUAAACAUAGAAAUGGCUAAUAAUCAUUUAGUUGGAUGUGAACAUCAAAUUAAACGUCUUUCAGAGAAUAUCGAUAUAUUAGAUUAUAAAAUUCAUGAAGCUAAAGCAUUGGCAUCAACUAUACAGAGUAAUUUAUCUGAAUUAUACAAUGAUACUAGCAAUCAUGAUGCAACUAAAAAUUUUUCAUUUUGGUUCAAUAUACUCGGAGCAUUGGGGACAGUGUAUUGUCAAACAUUACCAAUUAAGCAUAGAUCUUCAUUGUGGAAUAAUUUCAAAACUCUCGUUUGGAAUAAAAUGAAGGAAGUCUAUCACCAAACUACGAAUGAUCAAAAGGAAAAUUUGAUAAUAUGUGAAAAAAUUCUUCAAAAUUUACCAUUGUUUAAAAUUAUUCAAGCACAGCCAUACGAACUAAUGAAAUGGUUUACAUUGAACAAAAACUUUCCACCAGAAUUAAUACUGUUAUAUAAUGAUCGACAUAUUAGUUAUAUACUUGAAGCUAUUCUAUCUAUACUUACAAUUCUAUGGUCGGUUAGAUAUGCUCAUACUAAACAGUGUGAUAAUGAUAAUGUUGAUGAAUCAAUGUUAUAUCUGUUUAUUUACGAUCCAGAUCUAACUGGUAUCAAUGUAAUAAAAUCAUUAUUACUAACAAAAGAUGAUACUGAUGAAAGUGAUAACAUUUCUUCAAGCAAAAAAGAUCAAUUAAUUUGUGAUCUUUACAUAGACAUGAAAGAAUUUAUAUCCAAUUUUAACUACACCAUUCAUACAAAUAAGAUAAUCUUCAUUAAUGUGGAUCAAUUUCAUAGUUUUAAUGCAAAAGAAAAUAUUAACUAUUUAUUAAGAUUUUAUUUUAAUCAAGUCUUCAAUAAAAAUAUAUCCAGUACAAAAAAUAGUCAAAUUGUUUUAUGGACAUCAUUUAGUCAAUAUACUGAAAUUGGAUUUAAAUGUAGACAGAAAUUUCGCCAAGUUGAUUUUAUACCAAUUGAUUUAGGCUUAUCUCAUUUGGAAUGUGGCAGUGCAUUAACAAGUUGUUUGUUAGAUCUAUUGCCUAACUGUAAUAUUCUUAAUUCACUUCAAAAAUUAAGGAUUCAUGAAAUUGAAACUUUUGAAAAGAUUUGUGAAGAUAAAAUUCAACUAUUGAAUAUAUCAAAUGAAUUAACAAAUUACAAACUAUUCCAUUCUGAUAUGAAUAACUCAAUAACCAAUACUAAUUCAAUUCAAUUCAAUGUAGAUUGUUUAAAUUUAACAAGACAACAUAUUGAAUUAGUUAAAAUCUUUUCAAGAUUAUCAAGUAAUAUGAUUCAUUUAAAUGAAUUACAAUUACAACAUGAAAAUUUAAACAAUCAACUUAGUAUAUUUACCAAUCAAAAUAAUACAAAUGGAUGUAUCAUAAAUUUUACUCGUAAAAUAUCAUUAUUAUUCCAUAGUUUAGAAGAUAUACAAUAUAAAGAUUAUAUUUCAUUUCGUUGGCCAUGUAAACGAUUGUGUGAAUAUAUUCUAUCAAAAUAUGAUCAAGGUUUAUAUUCUUCCCAUUUGGAAAAUGUUAAUGAAAUCAACUCCCCAUCUGAUUUAUUUAUCAGUUAUGAACAUGAAAGACAGGAAAUUGGUCGGCGCAUUAUACAUAUGUUAUUGGAAUUCUUUCUCAAUUCUUUAAACACUUGGAACAAUCCAUUAGGAUUAAUAAUACAAAUAAAAAUUUCAAUAUAUUUUAAUAUACUUCAAUAUUCUAAAUUAACUAUUUAUGAAUUACAUAAUCCAGAUCAGAUAAUUGAAAUUGAACUAUUUAAACAAAUCAUAUUCAGUAAUAUUUUUACAUGUGAAUAUAACUAUCAACAUUGUUUCAAUCACAAUAAAUCAGAGGUUCUUAAACGUAUUCAACUGUUGGAAGAAAAAUUGCCAACUUUAAAAGGCGUAGAAAAAGCAUUAAUGAAUGAGCCACUAAUAUGGACUGAAAUAGUUGAGACAAAGUUGAAUUUAUUUCAUUCAUUGCCUGGAUUCUCUACAAAACUACCAAUACCUGAAUCACAUGUAUUUUUAGUUUGGAUUUCAAUAAGACCUGACCUAUUCCACAUCAUAUCAAAAGUUUUCGUAAAUCAUAUAAUGGCUCAACACAUUACAGUAAAUAAUAAUAAAGAAUAUUCUAGUAGAUCAUUUGAAGCUGAAAAGCAUUUACGUAUCGAUGAAUUGUUUCAACCACAAAUUAUGAAAAGAGUACAGAGGUUUUAUUCAAAUGAAAAUGACUUCUCAUCUUCAGUUAUUUAUUUAAUCCUUCCAAACGAACUGAAUGAAUUCAAACGUAAAGAUUUCUUUGCUCAUGAUAAAUCUGGAAAAGUAGUUGUUUCAAAUGGAUUAAUAAAUACAUUGAAUAAGAUGGCGAUAUAUUCAAAUAGAACUUUGUUUCCUAUAGACUGUGCAAAUACUACUGAUAUCUCCUACUGGUUAUCAGUAUGUGGAUCCAAUACAAAUAUACUUCCAUAUCAAAGAGUUUUAAUUGUUCUUCAAAAUGUACACAUUAUUCACAAGAGAAUGGAUAUACUAUUAGAUGAAUUAUUACAAUAUGGUCUUUAUAAUUUAAGGUAUAAACAAAUUUAUCAUUUACAGAAUCAAGAAAAGCUUAUAUUAAUCAAUAAACUUGGAAUAUGUUUUGAUAUUAUAAUUGAUUUCACAUGUUGUACAUCCGGAAAACAAAUAGUAUCCGUGUAUAAUAGAUUACCGGGUUGGUUAAGAUUAAAAUGUCUACCGUUGUUAUUCCAAUAUGAGAGUGAUCAGUUGUUAUUUACUACGAGUUCGUGGAAAGUGACCUCAUUGGUAAAUAAAAAAGAAAAGCCGAUUUGCUAUCCACAGGAAAAUGUCAAUGACUCUAUAAACGAAGAAAAUUCACAGUUGUGUUUAGAAGAGACUGAUGGAUUAUAUGAGAAAAUUGAAUCUGUCAAACUUUACGAAUGUAUAUACAACAAACAAGACAUGGAUAAACGAAAACAAUCGAUAGAUACAGUUUGGGCUACGAUUGAGAAAGAAUUAAUGAUACUUGAAACAACCUUCAAAGAAUUGGAAUCACGUUAUUUAUCAUCAUCAUCAUUGUCCAUUAAAAAUACUUCACCUAUAUUUUUGUUGACAACUCAGUAUUACGCAUAUUUACGAUCUAUAAAAUAUUAUCAUCAUUAUGCCAGAAAAUAUCCAUCAAACAAUUACAAAUUAUUUAUAUGGUUAAAACAUCAAUUAUUAAUUGCAAAACACUUUUAUCAAUUAAUGAAUUCAUGGGAUAUAAAGAAAUUAAUUGGUUUAACAUUACCAGCUUCAAUUAUUGUUAAUCCUAAAUCAUUAUUUGAUUGGAUUCUAUAUUCCACAUUAAAUAAUUCAAUGGAACAAUAUCAUAUAAUAUCUACUAUUCGAAAGCCAGGAGACAAAGAAAUAUUUAAAAAUGGAUUAAUUAUCACUUCUAUUCGUUUAAUAAUUCAUAGAAAUACUAAAAAGCGUAUUCAUAAUCAAACGGAGUAUAAUUUAAGUAGUCUAUUAAAAAUUACUAAAGUAAUUAGUUUACAAUUAACAACUGUAUCUAAUGAAAUAUUUAACAAAAUGAAUUAUAUCAAUGCUAAAUGGAUUAAAUCAUGGCCUCCUAAUAAAGAUGAAAUAUGUCCAAAACUACCUAUAUUAUUAACAAAUUAUAAUGAAUUAUCAAAGAUUUACAUUAUAACUGAUUACAAUUUGUAA